UGUCGUUUUCUCAUCAGUGACCUGUCAUGCUUGGAAGAAGAUGAAGGAUAUUUCUGCUGAAGAGCAGCUGAUAAAGUUGGCCUACCGCCGACGGUACGCCGAGCACAGUCGCGUCUACCAGAUGGCCAAGGUGUACCUGUUCAGUCCCUCGUCAGGUCUCUUCGCCUGCCCGCUAGCCAUGACGGACGGGGCGGCCAAGACACUCGAGGGCUUCCGCUCUCCUGAAUUGGCCACGGCUUUUGAACGCCUGAGCUCGGCGAGCCCUGAUAAGUUCUGGACGUCCGGUCAGUGGAUGACAGAGAAACGAGGUGGCUCGGACGUCGGGGGAGGAACUGAGACCGUGGCCGUCCCCGCCCCUGACGGCUCCUACCGCCUCUACGGCUACAAGUGGUUCUCGUCCGCCAGCGACUCGGACGUCAGUCUGAGUCUGGCACGCAGUCUCGACGAGCAGGGCCAGCCAGUACCGGGUUCGAGAGGCCUGAGCAUGUAUUUCCUAGAGACGCGACGUCCCGACGGCAAGCUAAACAAUAUGCAGGUAGUUCGUCUAAAGAACAAACUCGGCACCCGUCAGCUACCGACGGCCGAACUGCAGCUGAACGGCACCGUGGCACACCGGGUGGGCGACCAGGGCCGCGGCGUGGCCAGCAUCUCGGCCAUGCUCACACUGACCAGGGUACACAACGCCGUCAACAGCGUGGCCAGCAUGCGACGGAUUCUGCAGCUGGCGAGGGACUACAGUCGGCGGCGGGUGGCGUUCGGCCGGCGCCUCUGCGACUGGCCCCUGCACGUGCGCACUCUGGCACACAUGGAGGUGGAAACGCGCGGCUGCCUGGCGCUCGUGCUGCAUAUUGUGAGUCUGCUGGGUCGCCAGGACGCCGGCGUCGCCGGAGACCGUGACACGCUGCUACUACGGCUGCUGACACCCAUCUGCAAACUGUACACGGCCAAACGGGCCGUCUCCGUCACCUCUGAGGGCCUGGAGAGCUUCGGCGGCCAGGGCUACAUCGAGGACACGGGCAUCCCGCGCCUUCUGCGCGACGCCCAGGUGUACCCCGUCUGGGAGGGCACCACCAACGUGCUCUCGCUGGACGUGCUCCGCGCGCUGGCCAAGAGCCGCGGAGAGGCGUGGACCGCACUGACCAGUGAUGUCACGGAGCGACUCCUGCCGGCCGCCGCCGCCAUUGACUCCCUGAGGCCGAUCACUGAAAAGGUGAAGAACAUCCUAAAUGACGUGGGAAACAUUUUGAAGAAACAAGAUAGCAGUCUCGAGGUUUCAGCGAGAGAUUUGUCGUUCACCAUAGCCAACACGUACAUUUGUGCGCUGCUGUGCCACCACGCCGCCGCGCCGGACGCUGAUGACGAGGAUAGGACGGUGGCGCUGCGGUGGGCGGACCGCGAGAUGGCUCCCCUGCUGGCCCGUCGGCGGCCGGACCGGGCCGACGAGAGCCGAGACGAACUGCGGCUGGUCAUGGCGGGGUACGAGACCGACGACUGAGCCAGGCUCGGAAGGUGCCACUCUUAUACACAGUGGUUUGUUCUAUCGGGGGAGGAAAGAAACCAUCGGCUGUUUUUGGCGAUGGUGAAUCUUUUGAAGUUAUACUAUGUACUUGUUGGUUAUGCAAUAUGCAUCAAUGCAAUGGUCAGAUGGCUUCAUCUCUGGCCUGGGUCAGGUCAGGGUUGAUGGGCCUGGGUCAGCUCAUAAUGAUUGUGUAAGCCACUAUUGAAAUGUUAUUUUCACAAUAAAAUGACGAGUAGGUAUGUAAAA